AUGGAUGUGUCAAACUAUGAAUACGUGAGGCAUCUUUGGAUUAAGAAUGAACUAAAAAAAAAAAAAUCAAAUAAAAAGUUUGUGAUAUAUCAUAUAAUAGAUUUAAUUAUCCUUAUAGCAACAUUUUGCGGAUGUUACAGAUUUAAUAUAUAUUAUUCUUAUCAAAAUGAAAAUGGAAAUUUUUAUAGUUUUUGUAACACAUUAAUUGACAUGAUUAUUUUAGGGUGUAUAAGAAUAGGAUAUACAACACUUUCGGUAAUUGUUAAUUCUAAAAUAUAUGAUUUACAAGCAUUAAAAAAAAUGCAUAAAUUUGGAAAUAAUUUGAUUGGAAUAUUUAUAAUUAUAAUGUGUUUGAAGAUAAUUAAUUUUAACUAUUUUAUGGAUAUAAACAAAAAUCAGAAUGAUCUUAACGAUUUAUAUGUGAUAAUUUUUAGAGUUGUAUUAAUAACAUAUAACCUUAUUUCAACCAUAUAUUAUUACUUUUUCCAUCGGUAUGUAUAUAUUAUUAAUAAAAAAAAUAUAGUUGCUAAAAUAGAAUUAAAAAAAAUACUGCUAAAGGGUAUGGAGAAUAAUGAAAAUAUUAUACUGGGCAUUCAUUGUGAUAAAUCAAUGCUCAAAUAUAAUUCAAUUUUGUCACAAAAUAAUGAAAUGAAUACAACAUGUAGUAAUAACGAUAUAGACUUAAAUAAUGAAAAUAAACAAUUAGAAAAUAAUAGAAAAAGACAAGAUAUAUCAAUAGAUAAUGAUAUGCCAUAUACUAAAUUAAAUGAUUAUGAUGAUUUAAGUAAGAAUAUUGAAAAUAAAAAAUCACAAAAAAAAAUGAGAGAAAAAACAAUAUCAAUUGAUGAGUUAGAGAUAGAUAAAUCAAUCAAAGAUGAUUUAGUAAAAAAUAAUAUAAAAUUGUCUAUUAGUAGUCAUUAUAGUUAUAAACAAAAUAAUAAUAAAAUAAAAAAAAAAAGUAAAGAUGAUAAUUCUAGUACAUCAUUUGAUGAAACUAAUGAUAGUGAAACUGAAUCGUCGAAAAAUAUUGCAUUUCUAGAAAACAGUUUUGAAUAUUCAGAAUUUAAAAAUAUUUUAUUACCAUAUUUAUGGCCCAGUAGAAGAAUAGAUUUAAAAGGGAAUAGUUUAAUUUUACGAACAUAUGUAUUAUUAAUAUUUAUUUUAAUUAUUGUUUCAAAAGUUUUUAGUGUUGUAUCACCAAUUUAUCUUGGAUUAGCAUCAACUGAAGUAUUAAAUAAGAAUUAUCAUAAUUCUUUAUAUUAUUUAGGAAUAUAUUCAUCUUUUUUCUUUUUUUCAAAAUUUUUAAAAGAAAUAUCUGGGGUAUUAUAUUCACAUGUAAAACAAUCUGCAUUUAUAGAACUUCAGGAAUCUAUAUUUCAUAAAUUUCAUAAUCUGUCUUAUGAAUGGUUUUCAAAUAAAAAUGCUGGGGGGAUAAUGCGAAUAGUUGAUAGAGGAACUGAAAGUACAAAUAAUUUGAUGAAUUCUUUUAUUGUAUAUAUAAUACCUGCAGUAAUUGAAGGUGUAGUAACAUGCAUUAUAUUUAUAUUCAAAUAUAAAAACCGUUUAUUGGGUAGCAUAUUAAUUUUAGGAUUAAUUAUAUAUAUAUAUGCUACAAUAAAAAUAACAAAAUGGAGAAAAAAAAUAAGAACCAAAGUAAAUAAAAUGGAUAAUUUAUAUCAUGGCAUAGCUCAUGAUUCGUUAGAGAAUUAUGAAAAUGUAAAAUAUUUUAAUAAUGAAAAUUUUGAAAUAAAAAAAUUUUGUGGUGCAUUAUCUAAUUUUAAUAGAUAUAAUAUUAAAAUUUUAAACAGUUUAGGAAUGUUAAAUAUUGUUCAACAAUUUGUUUUAAAUGGUACAUUAUUCUUUACUUUACUUUGUGCUAUUCAUAUGAUAAUAUACGAUGGAGAAGAUAGUGGAAUAUUUAUAAGCGUUAUUGUAUAUAUAUCUAACGUAUUUGCACCGUUAACUAUUUUAGGAACAUUAUAUUUUACUAUAGUUAAAUCUUAUACAGAUAUAUAUGACUUAACAGAAGCUUUAAAAGAUAAAAUACCUGUCACAGAUGAUAAAGAUUUAGAAUCAUUUUCCCUUACAUCUCAUGAAAAAAAAUUUGGUGUGCAUAUCGAAUUUUCUGAUGUAAAUUUUAGUUAUCCAAAACAAACAAAUCACAGAACAUUAAAGUCUAUAAGUUUUUUUAUUCCAGCUGGUACAACAUGUGCAUUGGUUGGACAUACGGGUUCAGGAAAAUCAACAAUUGCAAAACUGUUAUAUCGUUUUUAUGAUGCUGAAGGAGAUAUUAAAAUAGGAGGUAGAAAUAUCAACAAAUAUAAUAGAAAUUCUAUUCGAAGUAUUAUUGGAAUUGUACCUCAAGAUACUAUAUUAUUUAAUGAAACGAUAAAAUAUAAUAUAUUAUAUGGUAAAUUAGAUGCAACAGAUGAUGAAGUAAUUAAAGCUACAAAAUCAGCUCAGUUAUAUGAUUUUAUAGAAGCACUUCCGAAAAAAUGGGAUACAAUUGUUGGAAAUAAAGGUGUGAAAUUAUCAGGUGGUGAAAGACAAAGAAUUGCUAUUGCUAGAUGUUUGUUAAAAGAUCCUAAAAUUGUUAUUUUUGAUGAAGCUACAAGUUCGUUAGAUUCUAAAACAGAAUAUUUAUUUCAAAAAGCUGUUGAAGAUUUAAGAAAAAAUAGAACCCUCAUAAUUAUCGCUCAUAGACUUAGUACUAUAUCCUCAGCAGAAUCAAUUAUAUUACUAAAUAAAGGUAAAAUUGUAGAAAAGGGAACUCAUAAAGAUUUAAUUAAACUUAAUGGUGAAUAUGCAGAAAUGUGGAAUAUGCAAUCUGGUAAUAACGAUAUUUAG